AUGUUUGGCCCUACCGUUGGGGAUCGGGUGCGUCUUGGCGACAGCGCGCUGAUUAUUGAGGUAGAAGCAGACCACACCCGUUACGGCGAUGAAGUAAAGUUUGGUGGCGGUAAAGUGAUUCGGGAUGGCAUGGGGCAAAGCCAGCGAACUUCUGAACAUGUUGUUGAUACGGUCAUUACCAACGCCUUGAUCGUGGAUCACUGGGGUAUUGUUAAGGCUGAUGUGGGUAUUAAGGCAGGCAGAAUAUUUGCGCUUGGCAAAGCGGGAAACCCUGAUACCCAGGCUGGUGUCGAUAUCGUGAUUGGCCCCGGCACCGAAGUGAUCGCCGGCGAAGGUCAGAUCCUAACCGCGGGCGGGAUCGAUGCGCACAUUCAUUUUAUCUGUCCACAGCAGGUGGACGAAGCAUUGAUGUCCGGCAUAACUACCAUGUUGGGGGGCGGUACAGGUCCGGCAACCGGAACCAACGCGACUACGUGCACCCCGGGACCGUGGAAUAUUCAUCGCAUGUAUCAGGCAGCAGAUUCGUUGCCGGUUAACAUCGGUUUUCUGGGCAAAGGUAACGCCAGUUUGCCCGAUGCUCUGAAAGAGCAGGUGGAAGUCGGCGUGAUGGGUUUGAAGCUACAUGAAGAUUGGGGCACAACCCCGGCGUCUAUAGAUAAUUGUUUGAGUGUGGCAGAACAGUAUGACAUUCAGGUUGCGAUCCAUACCGACACCCUGAACGAAUCCGGGUUUGUUGAAGACACGCUGGCUGCAUUUAAAGGCCGCACUAUCCACACCUACCAUACUGAAGGAGCCGGCGGCGGGCAUGCGCCGGAUAUCAUCAAGGCGUGUGGUUCGGCUAACGUUUUACCUUCGAGUACCAAUCCAACACGACCAUAUACCGUGAAUACCAUUGAUGAACAUCUGGAUAUGUUGAUGGUCUGCCAUCACCUGGAUCCCAGUAUCCCCGAAGAUGUUGCCUUUGCUGAAUCCAGGAUUCGUCGGGAAACGAUAGCGGCAGAAGACAUUCUGCAUGAUCUGGGUGCAUUUUCGAUGAUCGCCAGCGAUUCACAGGCGAUGGGUCGUGUAGGCGAGGUUGUAUGCCGAACCUGGCAAACCGCGCACAAGAUGAAAACCCAACGUGGCCCGCUACCCGAAGACAGCAGUCGUGCCGACAACCAUCGUGUAAAACGAUACAUCGCCAAGUACACAAUCAAUCCCGCGCUUGCUCACGGCAUCGCCCAUGAAGUGGGUUCCAUCGCCGUAGGAAAACUCGCCGAUCUGGUGUUAUGGAAACCCGCUUUUUUUGGCACCAAACCCAGCCUGAUCAUAAAGGGUGGAUUUAUUUCCGCAGCGCCGAUGGGGGAUCCCAACGCGUCGAUACCCACCCCUCAACCGGUGAUGUAUCGACAGAUGUUUGGCGCGUUGGGCGCCGUGCGUAACCAUACUUGUGUGAGUUUUAUGUCUAAGGCAGCGAUUGACCUUGGCGUUGCAGAAUCGAUAGGUUUAAAAAACAGGGUAGUGGGCGUAACAGGCUGUCGUACGGUGCAGAAAAAGGACAUGUUAUUGAACACUUACCAGCCGGAUAUUGAAGUGGACCCACAAACCUACGAAGUGCGGGCCGACGGUAAUUUGCUGACUUGUGAGCCCGCAACGGAUAAACCCGAAUCCAGCACCGGGGUGCUGGCAUUGCCUUUUGAGAUUCGCCAGAAGAGUCGUUUCCGCGCGGUUUUAGCUGAUGGGCGCGAUGUGGCCGUUGUCAUCGAGCGGGGCUCGGUGCUCAGACAUGGCGAUUGUCUGGGCGACAGCACCGGUGAGGUGAUAUCUGUUGAAGCUGCACCUGAACGUGUUUCGACGGUGAGUGCUAACAACAUUACUCAGCUGGCUCGGGCAGCCUAUCACCUGGGGAACCGUCACGUGCCUCUGCAGGUUGGGAGCACGAAGAUGAACCCUUCGAGCCGGAAGCUGGCGCGUAUGGACAUCAUCACCAUCAUGAGUGAUGUCCGACUGGAAACGGCUGUUGAACUUGGCUAUGUGAAUGACUUUAUGUCCUGCAAAGACUGGUUGGCUGGACUGCUCGGAGAGUCGUUUGCUUUCAAUGAUUUACCGAUGUAUUUCCGUCUCUACGAUCUGUGGGAAAAACAGGACCUUCAUGCAGUGGUGCAGGCUACCGAGAAGCUGCAGAGCCUGCGGGAAACUCAGGAGUUGCUGGCCGAAGACAGGCAGACCGGCGCUGCUCUGCAGCGACUGAUGCUGGACCUUGAUGUCGCUGAUGCCGGUGUCUUGCCGCAGCCAAGUUUUGCCACCAUGUUUGCGCUGGCCUGUGUUCGUUGGGAUGUUACGCGCACUGACGGCGCUCAUGGUCUGGUCUGGGCCUGGCUUGAAAAUCAGGUUGCAGCCGCAAUCAAACUGGUGCCAUUAGGGCAAACCGAUGGACAACGUCUGUUGCUGCAGCUUACGUACGAAUUGCAACAGGCAGUGACCACCGCUGAUUUGUUGGAUGAUGCAGACAUAGGCUCGGGGAAAACCGCACUCACUUUAGCUUUGUGUCAGCUGUUACGGGACACGUUCAGUAUCGCUGUGGUCACCAAUGAUAUUUAUACCCAGGAAGAUGCGCAGUUUCUGACCCAUCAUGGCGCGCUGCCCGCUCAGCGUAUCCGGGGUGUUGAAACAGGAGGCUGUCCGCAUACUGCCAUACGUGAAGAUGCUUCUAUGAAUCUGGCAGCUAUUGCGGAACUCCAGGAUCUUCACGGAAAUCUGGAUAUCAUUUUUGUAGAAAGUGGCGGCGAUAAUUUGAGCGCUACUUUCAGUCCUGAACUGUCAGACCUGACGAUCUAUGUCAUCGACGUUUCUGCGGGAGACAAAAUUCCCCGCAAGGGUGGCCCGGGUAUUACCAAAUCAGAUCUGCUGGUCAUCAACAAAAUUGAUCUGGCGGGGAUAUACACAGCUUCGCUGAGUGAGAAUUCAUCACAGUUCGGUUGUGCCACGGUGAUAUUGAAUGCUCUGUUGUCCAUUACUGACAAAGCCCAUUAA